AUGUCCUCAGAUACCCCCACCAAACCCGCCUUCAAAGCCCGUCUCCUCAAGCUCCUCCGCCUUUCCACUCGACCCGUCGUCAUGCUUCCGUUUCUGGGUACCAUCGGCCUCGUACUCGUCAUCACACUCACAGUGCUCCUACCGCAAAAUGUUCACUCCAUCGAAAUCCCCGGCGCGGACAACAACCACAAUUACCUCGUCGCCGUCUCCCACUUUCCCCUGACAGAUUCCACAAAAAAGGAUCCUUACCGCCUGGAUGAAGACCGCAGGCUCAUGGUCAGCUUGUAUAUGCCUGUACCCAGGAAACAGUGCUCUGCAAUGGGCCAGCAGGAGUAUAUGCCGCCGCAAACCGCGAAAAUAGCAAACGAGCAGUUCAUCGAAGGCAACGAACGUGACGCAGGUGUUUUCGAAGCAAUGACAUAUUCGUCUUGCAUCAGCAGCAGCAGCGGCGGCGGUGGUGACGUCAGCAAAGUCCCCGUCGUGAUCCUAGAACCACACGUCGACACGAGCAGGUUGAUGUACUCAACAAUGGCGCGCUACAUCGCCGCCAACGGCGCCGCAGUCGUAGUCAUCGACCACCCUGGCGACGCGUCAAUCGUCCAAUUCACGUCCUCGCGAACCCGCGAUUUGGAGAUUGUGUAUAAUAGCGGGACGGUGCCUUUAUCCAACCUCUCCCCCCUCACGCAGUGGAACCAAACCGUGCAAUCCGCAGUCGAAACACGCAUAUCCGAUAUCGCAUUCACCCUCAGCCAAAUCAACAGUACCUCCUUACUCUCGCGCCAAUUCCCGUCCCUCCACUUCUCGGGUAGUUUAAACACAGAAACCUACGGUAUCAUAGGCCACGGCCUCGGCGGCACAGUCGCAACCUCCCUCGCCCUCUUCCCAACCCUCCUCUCCCCAACCCUGCUCAAUGCUACAAACCCCCCCACAGCGCGCUUCUCAAUCAAUCUCUCCGGCACACCCCCCCUCCUCAACACCUCCACCCCCAACACCCCCCUCUUCUUCUUCGGCCGCGCAGACUUCCGCCGCGAACACGACAUCAACUGGCCGACCACCUGGUCGCAUCUCACGGGUCCAGCUACCGAGUUCGAUCUCGACGACUCUGCUAUUUUUGACGCCUCAGAUCUACCAUUAGUUAUGGAGUUGGCGAGGGAGGAGGGUGGGAAAACGGGGGCGGUGGGAAGGGGGCUUAGUGGGAAUAGGCCGGCGGAGGGGGCGAGGGCGGUGAUUUGCUUUGCGGAGAAUCUUGUUAAGGAGAUGGUGGGGUAA